GCAUCUGCCAUCAAGCGAACCAGGGCACAGAUCCUGCGUUUCGGCGAGAGUUAUCAGCGCCAGGUCAUUGUGAAGGCCAUGGAGGAGUUUACGUCUCUGUGGCUUGACCAGUUCGACCAGCUUGUGCUGCCGGUGGAUACCACCCGUCUGCUUGCUGCGCUCACCAGUGCUCUGAAGCAACUUCCGAAGAAAACGCCUAAGCGAGAAAUCGCCUCGAAGUGGAAGGAGGAGGCAGAGAACCUUUUCAAAAACCAGAAGGAAGGCCAUGGUGGACUAGAUCACAAAUGGCAUGUGGCUCCCGACGACAUUCUUGUCAUGACUCAGCGCUUGGCUGGGAUUGGCGCCAAGGAGGCCGUCGUCUUGGCAACUCGGUGCGAAUUCAUGCGUUGUUUCAGCUUCAGGUGGACUCCAGUGUCAGAACCAGGGGACAAGCAG